UUUUGGUAGAGUUGUUUGGGUCUUGGUGUUUGGUGGCUUGGCUUGGUGGCGUCGUACUGCAAAUAGCAUAAGCAAACCUAGGUAUUCUCAUCAAAAUUUCUGACUAGCUCCAAAAAUGAAGCGCAAAAGUGGCAGAAAAUCUUCCAAAAAAGAGGAGGACGGUACCAAUGGUGUCGACACUAAGUCCGAACAAAACGGUGACGCUUCUGAUCGUGAUGAAGAAGAGGCUCCUAAAAAGAGAAAGUCCUCGAAAAGUAGUCGAAAAAGCGUUUCCUUUUCUGCGAAAAAAGAAGAAACGGCCGUAGAAUCUGAGGAGUCGGGGGAGCAGGAUGAUAAUGAAGACAAAAAAGAGGACAAAAAGUUAUCGAAAGCCGGCCGAAAAGCUACUAAAAAGGAAGAAACCGACGAAUCUCAAGAAUCCGAAGAGCAAGAUGAUGAGGGCGAUCCCCAAGAGAGAAAGAAAAUCUCAAAGAAGGGAAACAAAAAGCCUAAAACCGCACAAAAAGAAGAAGUUAAAGAGAAGGUUGGCCAGGAGUCUGACAACCAAGAUGAAGACGAUGAGACCCAGUAUGAGGUCGAAGCCGUCCUCGACGAGAAGAUCAUCAAGGGCGUCCGCCACUACCUCAUCCGUUGGAAGGGGUACGAGGAGGAGAGCGACACUUGGGAGCCGGAAGACACCUUGGACUGCAGCAGGCUGAUCCAGGACUUUAAGGAAAACAAAAAGAAAAAGGUCAAGCCCGCCAAAUCGCCCAAGAGGGAAAAGAAGGAGUCGAAGUCGGAGGAGUGGGACGAGAAUGAGGCUUUCGAGGUGGACAGAAUACUGGAGGUGCACCACAGGAAGGACGGCAAACGGGAGUUCCUGGUGUCCUGGAAGGGGUACGGCAAUUCCGACAACAGUUGGGAGCCCGAGGAGAACAUGGAUUGCAAGGACCUGAUCGAGAAGUUUAUGGUCAAAGUGGAGAGGGCUAGGGCGGUUGACGAGAGGGAGCUACGCGUCAACAGACAGCACGUCCAGAGAUACACGUUGUGCACGCCCGACACGGGACGCAGAUUAAGCAAACGUUUUAGAGGCAAGGAGAGGGUGCAGUACCACGAUGCCGAGUAACGAAGUAGUACAACAACCAAGUAAUCAUAAGUUACAUAAAUAUAUGUGUAAUUCAUUUUUUAGAAUUGUAUGAUGUAACAAAAUUUUUUAUUAAAAGAGUUUAUAUCACCAUACAAAUAGGUUUAUGUUUAUAGAUGUUUUUAGCACGUAUCCGACCUGCGUGGUAGAACUUGAGGUUUAUUUUGGCAACUUUAAGUGCAAAUACAUAUAUCUGUUUUCAUUUAUAUAUAAAAUAUAAUUUCCUGUAGCAGUAUAUUUAUGUAGGUACAUAUAUAAUUUUUUUUUAGGAUAAAAAUUUUUAUUUCUGUGUAAAGAUUAUAUUGUAAAUUAACAUUUUUCAAAAAAUAAACAUUACAAAUGUUUGUUUCAAUUCUGUUACCAGGAUUGGUUUGGAUAAGUAUUUUUUAUAAAUUUUAAUGUUGACUUGAAAUAAAUAAAUUGUGAAGCUAAA